AUGAACGAUCGUCAUACAAAACCUCAUAUAUAUACUUCUGGUGCACAAAAAAGAAAAUUGAAGGUAGAACGUGAUAAACAGAUAGAAGAAGUUAUUUCCCAAAUUCCAAAACUGACCAACUAUUUUUCUUCUUCGAGGCAGUUAACAAAUGUUGUAAAUAAUGAUAUUACUAAUGAAAAUGUUGAAAUUUUAACCUCCAAAGAAAAUGAAACUAUGUGUGAAAAUGUAGUAAUUCAACAGUCUAGCUCAACAGCGGAGAAUAAUUCAUCUAUAGAAAAAAAAAAAUCAAAUGAUGAUUCUGAACAUCUUGAAUUAAAUGCCAAAAAUACCAAUAUUAUAGAAAAUGAACCCAUCGUAGAACCCGAAAUUUCAAACUCUUUUAUUGGUUUUAAAAAUGAUGUUGGUAUUUGGCCUCAAAAUUCUACUAAUGAAAUGAUAAAAUACUGGAUAAAACAAGGUUCUACAAACUUGCAAAACUGCGAUGAAAAGUUAUUAGAAACAAAAUCUUUCCUACAAAAUCGGGUUGAUCGCUCUGCAAAUAAUACUAGAAAAUGUUCUAUACAUUUUUUCAAACGGAUAACUAAAAAUAGAGAAGUUAUUAAUCGUAAUUGGCUAUGUUUCUCUCCAAUUACUGGUAAAUUGUAUUGUUAUAUUUGCAAACUAUUAGGGACAAAAAAUGGAAAGUUAUCUAGUGAUGGAUUUUGUGAUUGGAAGCAUGCAGCUGAAAAGUUAUCCCAACAUGAAACAUCAAAACAUCAUCUUGAAGCAAUUAUUGCAAUAAAUCAUCGAGCGAGAGAAAAUGAUUGUCUAGAUCAACAACUUCAAAAACAGAUAGCAGAAAUAUCUUCCUAUUGGCGCCAAGUUCUAAAGCGAGUAAUUAGCACGAUCAAAUUUAUUUCAGAACGUGGCUUAGCAUUUAGAGGAGAUGACGAAAUAAUUGGUUCACCAAGAAAUGGAAAUUAUCUUGGAAUUCUUGAAUUAGUGGCGGAGUUUGAUCCAUUUCUGUCAGCUCAUAUAAAAGAUCAUGCGAAUAAAAAAAGUGGUCACACAAAUUACCUUUCAUCAACUAUUUGUGAAGAAUUAAUUGAUCUUAUGGCUAAAGAAGUAUUAGGCGAAAUAAUUACAAGAAUUAAAAAAUCAAAAUAUUAUUCGGUAUCUGUAGAUUCUACUCCCGAUGAAGCACAUAUAGAUCAAUUGACUAUAGUAGUACGCUAUAUGGAAAAAAUGAAUCCAGUAGAAAGAUUUUUAACAUUUGUACCAAAUUGUGGCCACACUGGCAUUGAAAUGGCAAAUACUCUCAUUACAUUUUUGGACCAUCAUGAAAUUGAAUUGAUUGACUGCCGUGGUCAAUCAUAUGACAAACGUUAG